AUGGACAGCCCCACAGAGCGCACUAGGGACCCGGAGGGGGAAGGCGAAGAUGUGGAAAGCCUGGCCUCGCGGUCAUCCGAGAUCAAGACCAAAUCCGGCCUCCAGGCUCCCGCCGAACCCGUGGAGCCGGAGCCGGAGCCGGAGCCGGAGCCCGAAGCGGCAGCAGAGGCGGAGGAGGAGGUAGAGGCUUCGCGGGGAGGCGCCGCCGCGGACGAGCAGGCCGAGACCCCGGCAGGGCCGGCGGCCACCGAGGCUGCAGGCGAGGAGGGGCCUGGAGAGCCGGGGUGGCCGGCGGAGCCCGAGGCUGCGGCUGAGGAACCAGCCAAGCCGGGAUCCGAAGCCGUUCCGGAGGAACCGAAGAAGGAGGAGGAGGCGGAGGAGGAAGAGGAGGGGGAGGAGGAGGAGGCGGCGGCGGCGGCGGCGGGCGGGAAGAAGGAAGCCGGUUCCCAAGCCUCCCCGCUGCCGACCACGACCAGCGAGGAAGAGGCUGCGCCAGCCCGGGAGGAGGCCGAGGAAGAGAGACGGGAGGCGGAGGAAGAGGAGCAGAAAGAGAGUGAGGAAAGAGAGGGGAAGGGUGGAGAAGGCCGCCCGGUGAAAAGUGAGAAGGAGGGGACGUACCUGUACGGAGACGAUGAGGACUACGAGUGGUCCGAGGAGGUCCAGAAGCUGCAGGAACAACAGCUGCGCAGCGAGCUCCUGGAGCAGUACCGCUCCCUGCUGGUGGAGCGGAACCGCUGCCAGCGCUACAACGUGUGCCUGCAGCACAAGAUCUGCGAGGCGCUGCGCAAGAAGAAGGGCCUGGAAGCUGCCGAGGUGCCUGACAAGGGCGCGGAAGCCGAGGCCCCCGAGAAGGAGCAGGUGUACCUACGCUAUCUGGCCAUGCUGGAGGAGCUGAAGAAGCAACAGGCAGACGACCUACAGUGGUACCACCAGGAGCUGGCCCAGCUGAAGAAGCAGGGCCAGGAGAAGCUCGCCAGGGCGGAGAAGGAGUGGCGAGGCUUCCAGGCAGUCAAGAAGCGGGUGGUGAUGCAGGCCAUGGGCAGCUGUCGCAUGCGGGGCGGGCGCCAGGCCGCUCUGCGGGAAGUGGAGGCAAUCCAGGCGUUGGAGGAUAAAAAGGUGAAGGAGAUGAGCGCUGUACGGCUGGAGAACGUGCAACUGAAGCAGAGCCUGGUGCACUUUGAAACCAGGAUGAGGGCCCAGGAGGACUUGACAGAGGGUCUGCUCCUCAUUGAUUGUGAACAGCUGAAGAUUGAGAACCAGACCUUAAAUGAGAAAGUUGAGGAACGAAAUGAGGAACUUUUAAAACUGCGCAACAAAGUGACCAACAAUGUGCAAAUAAUAACCCAUGUGAAGGAGAAGCUGCACUUUAUGGAUAUGGAGAAUGCACGCAAAAAGGAACAGCUUUUGGAAAUUGAGACUCAGGUAGCCCUAGGAAGAGACAUCUUGACCAAGACGAAGCAAGCCCGAGACAGCCUGCGGGUUGACAACGUCAAGCUGGAUCAGAAGUGUGGGCUUCUGGGCAAGGAAUCACUCCUUCAGGACUUGGAAGAAAAGGUGGAAAAGACGGAACUGCUCAAGCAGCGCCUGGAAUCCCUGAAGCGCCAUCACGCUGGGCUCACUUUGUCCUGCAGAGGCCUGAGGCAGAAGAUCAGGGAAGCCAAAGCCUUUCUCCCCUCUUGA